AUGUCUGAUUCUGCGCAGUCUAUCAAGGUUCUAGGUGAAUUGUUCGAGAAGUUGUCUGUGGCUACUGCUGAGAACAGAGAAGCGACCGCCACGGAAAUUGCUUCGUUCUUGAACGGGAACAUCAUCGAGCAUGACGUGCCAGAGGAGUUCUUCAAGAACCUCACCAAGGCGGUGAAGGACAAGAAGACCGCGGCUGCGGCUUUGGAGACAAUUGCCCACAUUGCCAACGAGAACAACCUGUCUCCAUCCGUGGAGCCAUACAUCGUGGAUCUAGUUCCAGAGGUGUGCGUCAAGACCGGUGACAAGGACAAGGAUGUGCAGUCUAUUGCCUCCGAGACCUUGCUUGCCAUUGUCAAGGCGAUCGACCCUGUGGCCAUCAAGGUCAUUCUUCCACAUUUGACCAAGUCGCUAGUUACGACCAACAAGUGGCAGGAGAAGGUGUCCGUCUUGGCGGCCAUCUCUGCAUUGGUCGACGCGGCUAAGACCCAGGUUGCUUUGAGAAUGCCUGAAUUGAUCCCAGUCUUGUCUGAGGCCAUGUGGGACACCAAGAAGGAGGUCAAGCACGCCGCCACUGCCACCAUGACCAAGGCUACCGAGACUGUCGACAACAAGGAUAUCGAGCGUUUCAUUCCUGAGUUGAUCCAGUGUAUUGCCGACCCAUCCCAGGUCUCCGAGACCGUGCAUUUGUUGGGUGCCACCACCUUCGUUGCUGAGGUCACUCCAGCUACUCUAUCCAUCAUGGUUCCAUUGUUGAACAGAGGUUUGGCUGAGAGAGAGACUUCCAUCAAGCGUAAGGCUGCCGUCAUCAUCGACAACAUGUGUAAGUUGGUCGAAGACCCACAGGUUGUUGCUCCUUUCUUGGAGAAGUUGUUGCCAGGUUUGAAGAACAACUUCGCCACCAUUGCUGACCCUGAGGCCCGUGAGGUUACCUUGAGAGGUUUGAAGACCUUGAGAAGAGUCGGUAACGUCAGCGACGACGACACUUUGCCAGAGGUGUCUCACGCUGGUGACAUCGUCACCACCAGAGGUGUCUUGGAUGAGUUGACCAAGGAUACCCCAAUUGCUCCAAGAUUUGCGCCUGUGGUGAACUACAUUGCCGCCAUUGCUGCAGACUUGAUCGACGAGAGAAUCAUCGACCAGCAGGCUUGGUUCACGCACGUCACUCCAUACAUGACCGUUUUCUUCCACGAGAAGCAGUCCAAGGAGAUUAUUGACGACUUCAGAAAGAGAGCCGUUGACAACAUUCCAGUCGGUCCAAACUUCGACGACGAGGAGGACGAGGGUGAGGACUUGUGUAACUGUGAGUUCUCCUUGGCCUACGGUGCUAAGAUCUUGUUGAACAAGACUCAGUUGAGAUUGAAGAGAGCCAGAAGAUAUGGUCUAUGUGGUCCUAACGGUGCUGGUAAGUCUACCUUGAUGAGAGCUAUCGCCAACGGUCAGGUUGACGGUUUCCCAACUCAAGAUGAGUGUAGAACUGUCUACGUCGAGCACGACAUUGACGGUACUCAGGCCGACACCUCUGUCUUGGACUUCGUUUUCCAGGGUGACGUUGGCACCAGGGAGGUCAUCACCGAGAAGUUGAGAGAGUUCGGUUUCUCCGACGAGAUGAUCGCCAUGCCAAUCAUGUCCUUGUCUGGUGGUUGGAAGAUGAAGUUGGCUUUGGCCAGAGCUGUGUUGAAGAACGCCGACAUCUUGUUGUUGGACGAGCCAACUAACCAUUUGGACACUGUUAACGUCGCUUGGUUGGUGAACUACUUGAACACCUGUGGUAUCACUUCCAUCAUUGUGUCCCACGACUCUGGCUUCUUGGACAAUGUCUGCCAGUACAUCAUCCACUAUGAAGGUUUGAAGUUGAGAAAGUACAAGGGUAACUUGUCUGAGUUCGUCAAGAAGUGCCCAACUGCUAAGUCUUACUACGAGUUGGGUGCCUCCGACUUGGAGUUCAAGUUCCCAGAGCCAGGUUUCCUAGAGGGUGUCAAGACCAAGCAGAAGGCUAUUGUCAAGGUCUCUAACAUGUCCUUCCAGUACCCAGGUACCUCCAAGCCACAAAUCGCCGACAUUAACUUCCAGUGCUCGCUUUCUUCCAGAAUUGCCGUCAUUGGUCCAAACGGUGCCGGUAAGUCUACGUUGAUCAACGUUUUGACUGGUGAGCUAUUGCCAACUACUGGUGAGGUUUACACCCACGAGAACUGUAGAAUUGCCUACAUCAAGCAGCAUGCCUUUGCUCACAUUGAGAACCACUUGGACAAGACCCCAUCUGAGUACAUUCAGUGGAGAUUCCAGACCGGUGAGGACAGAGAGACCAUGGACAGAGCUAACAGACAGAUCAACGAGAGCGAUGCUGAGUCCAUGAACAAGAUCUUCAAGAUCGACGGUACUCCAAGAAGAAUUGCUGGCAUCCACUCCAGAAGAAAGUUCAAGAACACCUACGAGUAUGAAUGUUCUUUCUUGUUGGGUGAGAACAUUGGCAUGAAGUCUGAGAGAUGGGUUCCAAUGAUGUCCGUCGACAACGCUUGGUUGCCAAGAGGUGAGUUGAUCGAGUCUCACUCCAAGAUGGUUGCUGAAGUUGACAUGAAGGAGGCUUUGGCUUCCGGUCAGUUCAGACCAUUGACCAGAAAGGAGAUUGAGGAGCACUGUGCCAUGUUGGGCUUGGAGGCCGAGUUGGUUUCCCACUCUAGAAUCAGAGGUCUAUCUGGUGGUCAGAAGGUUAAGUUGGUCUUGGCUGCUUGUACGUGGCAGAGACCUCACUUGAUCGUCUUGGAUGAGCCUACCAACUAUUUGGACAGAGACUCUCUAGGUGCUUUGUCCAAGGCUUUGAAGGCGUUCGAGGGUGGUGUUAUCAUCAUCACUCACUCUGCUGAGUUCACCAAGGACUUGACUGAGGAAGUCUGGGCUGUCAAGGACGGUAUCAUGACUCCUUCUGGCCACAACUGGGUCAGCGGUCAGGGUUCCGGUCCAAGACUAGAGAAGAAGGAGGACGAGGGCGACAAGUUCGAUGCUAUGGGUAACAAGAUUGCUACCGGUAACAAGAAGAAGAAGUUGUCUUCCGCCGAGUUGAGAAAGAAGAAGAAGGAGAGAAUGAAGAAGAAGAAGGAGUUGGGUGACGCUUAUGUUUCUUCUGACGAUGAAUUUUAA